AGGGAUUCGACUCACCCAGUGAAUGUUUUAGCGACAGAUGUGAUUGAAGCUUGGAAAGUAUCAAAGUUAUUGAGAGUCACUGUUAGCAGAGUGGACGUUAGGGGACAUGCUGAUGAACAAUGAAGCAGAAGGAACCAACGAGAAGCUGCAGGUUGUGGAGCAAAGAACAGGCGAGACACGGGUUGUCAUUCGUGGGCUGAAGGACCGGUCAUUCUCUCCUGAGGGGUAUGUUCUAGGUGGAGGUGAGAAAGAGGGUGAAGAGGAUGACGAGGUGGUGGACAAGAAUGAUGAGGGAGAGCCAGAUGGACAAGAGCCUGUGAACUCUAUAGUUGACUACGACACAGAUUUGGACCUGAAAGGUGAAGACGAGGAAUAUGACCUCACGGGGCAGACGUCGUACCUGAAGGCUUGUGAAAUGUUGCAUGUGGUGCCCGCUUCUUUCUUCCUACAACACAUGAAAGACGAUGAGUUGACCUUGACGCAUCGUGGACUUGGACCUCAGGGCACCAAAGCACUAGCGGUUCCCCUGGUAACCAACACUUCAAUACUGAGACUGAACCUGUGUGAUAAUUGGAUGGAAGGAUUGGGCGGAGCUGCCAUAGCUGAGAUGUUAAAAGAAAAUUGUUAUAUUACAGUGGCCGACCUUUCCAACAACAAUCUGGGGGAUUACGGAGCGAGAGCCGUAUCUGGAAUGCUCAAGGAAAACAGCACUCUGUUGAGCCUUAAUCUAUCUGGAAACCAUUUCACUGACGAGUCGGCUGAACACCUCGGCCCGGCUCUGGUCUCCAACACUAAGCUGCAGCAUCUUGACAUCAGCCACAAUGCUCUGGGAGAGCGGGCAGGUGAAAUCCUGGGAGACUCUCUGUCGGAGAAUACAGGCCUGAGAUCAAUAAGUCUGGCCUGGAACUGCAUUCGAGGCAAAGGAGCCGUGUUACUGGCCAAUGGUCUUGGGGGAAACAUCGCUCUCCGAAAUGUGGACCUAUCGUUCAAUGGUUUCGGUGAAGAAGGAACCGUUGCUUUGGGACAGGCCCUGAAAGAGAAUGAGGUUUUGGAGGAGUUAAAUUUAAGCAACAACCGAAUACCCCCUGAAGGAGGCAUCCGUCUCGCUGUGGGCCUCAGAGUAAACAAGACAAUCAAAUCCCUCAACAUGGGCAGGAAUCCCAUCCAGAGUGCUGGCUGCUACGCUGUCCUCAAGUCCCUGCAGGACAACCCAGACUCAGCCCUGGAGGCAAUAGACUUUGCUGGUAUUGCUGUGAACCAGGAAUUUCAAGACUUGUAUGUUUCAGUCAAAGAAAUAUUCCCGACACUGGUGAUAAAUCAUGGAGGCAGAAUUGGCACAUUCACAAAAGCCGACGCUUGAGAAAUGUGAGGGUAAUUGCUUGCUUUACACCAGAAAAUGCGGAAAGCAGUUUUUUUUUUUCAAACCCCUGUGGAUGUUUCCAUCGACAUGUGAGUCAGAAGCACGAAUGCCCGGGAGGAUGUUUAUUAUUAUUAUUAUUAUUAGCUGUGAGCAUAUCUAAAUGAAGUGUAUUUCAAAAUAAAUGUCGUAAUGUUUUCAGUCUUAAUAACCCAAUCGGAGAUAACGGUUAUUCACUUUGUUAAUUUCUAAAAGGAGCACACAAACACAGCUUUUGUGCCGCUGGGUAUGGCGGCACCUAAAAUGUGAUGUUGUCGGGAUUUCUGAAAAAUGGGCGUACAAUGAA